ACCUACCUGUGGGUCUGUUUAUCUUCAUAAUCACCAGUGGGUCCAAGACCAUACCUGUCUUCGCCAUUGUACAUAGAACUUCAUUACUUGGUAAAUGUUGAAGUCAGGAGGCCCUGUAUAGCUCCAGUUGAAGGUCACUGGUGCAACAUUUUACUGCAGUUCCAUCAAUAUAAUAAUAUAAGUGACCUUGACUAUAAUGGAAAAGUAUGAAAAAUUAGCUAAGAUUGGAGAAGGGUCUUAUGGAGUUGUGUUCAAGUGCAGAAACAAAUCCUCUGGACAAGUAGUAGCUAUUAAAAAAUUCGUGGAAUCUGAAGAUGACCCUGUUGUUAAGAAAAUAGCACUGAGAGAAAUUCGCUUGUUGAAGCAAUUAAAACAUUCAAACCUUGUGAACCUCAUUGAGGUGUUCAGGAGAAAAAGGAAAAUGCAUUUAGUUUUUGAAUACUGUGAUCAUACACUUUUAAAUGAGCUGGAAAGAAACCCAAAUGGAGUUGCUGAUGGAGUGAUCAAAAGUGUAUUAUGGCAAACACUUCAAGCUCUUAAUUUCUGUCAUAAACAUAAUUGUAUUCACCGAGAUGUAAAACCUGAAAACAUUCUCAUAACCAAGCAAGGAAUAAUCAAGAUCUGUGACUUUGGGUUUGCACGAAUUCUGAUUCCAGGAGACAUCUACACUGAUUAUGUUGCCACUCGGUGGUACAGGGCUCCUGAGCUUCUCGUGGGAGACACCCAAUACGAUUGUUCCGUCGAUGUGUGGGCUGUUGGUUGCGUUUUUGCAGAGCUCCUGACUGGCCAGCCACUCUGGCCUGGAAAAUCAGAUGUGGACCAGCUUUAUCUGAUAAUCAGAACACUGGGAAAACUAAUUCCAAGACAUCAGUCCAUCUUUAAAAAUAACCAGUUUUUCCAUGGCAUCAGUAUACCUGAACCUGAAGACAUGGAAACUCUUGAGGAAAAGUUCUCAGAUGCUUAUCCUGUGGCUUUGAAUUUCAUGAAGGGGUGUUUGAAGAUGAAUCCAGAUGACAGGUUAACCUGUGCCCAACUCCUAGAGAGCUCCUACUUUGAUUCCUUUCAAGAGGAUCAAAUGAAAAGAAAAGCACGUAAUGAGGGAAGAAACAGAAGGCGUCAGCAGAAUCAACUGUUGCCUCUCAUACCAGGAAGCCACAUCUCCCCCACACCUGAUGGAAGAAAACAAGUCCUCCAGUUAAAAUUUGAUCAUCUUCCAAACAUUUAGGAAAAUGUUCUUUCAAGUGCAAAGUAAUUUAAUAUGUACAUAUUUUUGUACAAGCGAGAUAGGAAUUCUCAGUGUUUCAAAUGCAAAUGAGCCAUAUGAAAAUUAAGAUGCCUUCUAGAAUUGUUUUGCUCUGAUCAUUGCUGAUUCCUUUCCCUGUGCUUUUUACAUGCCAACUUUAUCUUUUAGAACAUUUUCUUUAAAUGUUAUAAGGCCUGAAACUGCACAUAUGGAGGAAACAUUUUCAGUUUCAUCAGAGCUGUCCUUCUUAGACAAUUUAUACUGAGAAUUUGUGGACUUAUACUUCAAUUUAUGAAAAAAGAUUUUCAUUUAUCAUCCUGCUUCAACUGAACCCAUAAUAUCUUAAAGCUUAACGCAUAAUAUCUUAUCAAAUCUCCCACCUAUAUGUUGUUUAAGGAAUGACAUUUUGUUCCUGCAUUUUAAUUCACUCUCAUUGUAACUAUAUCUGUUGAGCAAAACUGAUAUUUCAUGUUUAUAUUGGUGUAGGAUGGGAAAUUUGAAAGGUUAUCUAGGUUUAUUCCUUGAUUCAAGAGCAGACUCUAUAUUUCCUCUGCCUCAUGAGACAUUGACAAUUCUAUUUUUAAAGCUAGCUAGAGAAAAUUCCACACACAUUCCAUACAUAGCAAAUUAUGGACAAACAACAAGGAAUCACUAUCCUCUUGACAAUAAUGAUCUUGAAUUACUGCCUGCUGAUUCUGAUGGUACCUCAUGAUGCCCUAUUCUUUUUUUCUGACUUAAUCAUCUCCAUACCUAAACCAGUCCUCCUUAAUGUGUUAUCUGAACAGUUCAUUGCCAGUAUUUUGUUCCAAAUAUUGGCAUCCAUAGCUUCUACAAACUUGUACUGCCCCCAAACUGUUAAGGGCAUCAUAAACAGGUCCAGUUUGUAAAUGCGUACAAGAGCAAGAAGGUUGUCUUUUAGUUAAUUUCAUUUUGUUUCUCUUAUCAAAAAAAGAAAAAGAAAAUGAGGUAAACACCUCAAUAGGUAAGACAGAAUUGUGCUGGAGUAUUUUCCCAAGUGAACUUGACAUACAUUCCCCCAGUACAACACACACAUAGACACACACACACACACACACACACACACACACACAUAUUUAUAAGUUUUGAACUAUCAUAGUAGAUGCCUUUAUCUUGGAAAUCUAAAAUGAAGCAGAAUGAUUGAAAAAACUUUUAGUUUGCUAAUAUGGAACUCAUGUAAAAUAAUAGUACAGGGCUGUCUAUCACUGUCUGGCAGAAGGCACAAAACAGUGAUGUUCCCAUCAAUAAAAAUUAAGAGUAUUGGAUUAACUCUUCCCUGCUCCUAGGCUGGCAUUCUUGCCUAAAUGUCGACAAAUUUUACACAUAUACUACAUUACAAAAAUUCUUUGUGUCUGGCUCCAAGAAUUAAGCAUAUAGAACAUCCUAUGUUCUUCUCUGAAGAUCCAUUGCUCUUAUAAACAUGGCUGUGUAAACUUCCAGAAAAUCUCAUUCAGUUAUUUAGGAGCAUCCACUUUCCUAAGGAAUUACAGCAUCUAAAUAAAUCAUUCCUUGCCCAGUAGAAGGACUUUGACAGGGGUAAAUAUAAGCUGUCAGGGUCUUAUUACUUCAUCUUGUUGUCAAGAGUGUACCUCUUCAGAUUUGUGUUUCUUGCAUUUUAAAAUAGAAUGAUAUCACAGGUUCAGGGAAAAAUCGGGAAGAAAAGAUAAAAGGCAACUUUACUGACAGAUUUCUUUUUAGCCAUCAUAGUUUUUUUUUUUAAUUUAAGCCUUUUUAUUACCAAACUCCUCAUCUGCUCCAGCUCUCCCAAACAUAUAUACAUAUUACGCAUGCAUGUCUACCUAUAAUGUAAUACAGAGAGAGAGAGAGAAUGAGCAGGGAGUAUGUGGUUCCAUUAUCGAUUUUGCUUUCAAUUGUAUGUUUAAUGAUGAAGUUUUGGCAGGGAUUGGUGGGAUAACUGUCUUCUCUUAUUUUUGCUUUCAUGUAAGAAUUAAUUCAGGAGUCCUAUAUUCCCAUGCCUGAAGAAUGUAAUAUAUUUUGUUGUGGUGGGGUUUUUUCCUGUUUAAAAAAAAAUUAAUUCAAACUAUCAUAUCUCUCUGUCUCUUUUUUCCUUCAAAUCUAUCACUGAGUAUCCCUGGGGAAGGGAGAGAAGAAAGCAUCUAACCUUAGAAAAUGUUCUGAUACAGUCAUAUUGUUAUAUUACUGUGAAGAAAAAUAAUCUUUUGCUUACAUUUGCCAGUGUGGUUGUCCCUAGGUGACCCAGGCUACAGAGCAUUGCUGCCCAAGCCUGUAUCACUCUGGGGCACAAUCCUCAAGCUCUUUUCUGUUUCAAGUACAAAUCUCUCACUUCCAAACUACACAAAAUUUCCUUGCACUUCUCAGCCCAAUGCACUUCAGGAUCUGUGCCCAAAUUCAGUGAUAACUCUUAGAAAACUCUUCAAUAAGCAAUCUUGCCCCAGGCUCUUCACAUUAGCCCACUUGAUUCUAUGACCAUGUGUUUCCUUUAGAGAAUUGUACAAUUUCUGACUUACCUGGGUCUUGUCUCAUUCCUUCCAAUUUCAACCUUUUAAUCUAUCACUGUCCCAAUCCUGUACCAUCACGGUGAUUGAUGCCACCUGAAUGUCACUCUGAAUGCCCCCUCUGCAUGAUCUCUUCUCACUUUGCAGGUUCCCUCAGACUUCAUAAUGUGUAUCUGGGAGACUCCAAACUACCUUUUUGCAGUGCUCUUUGCUGACCAUUAAAGGCUUUGAGCCAGUCAAGGUGGUACAGGCCUAAAAUCCCAGCAACUCAAGAGGCUGAAGCUGGAGGAUCACAAGCUUGAGGCCAGCCUCAGCAACUUAGGGAAACCUUGUCUCAAAAUAAAAAAAUUAAAGUAGCUCAGUGUUUAAGUGCCCCUGGAUUCAAUCUCCUAUUUAAAACAAAACAACAAUAACAAAAAACAAAAACAAAAACCCCAUAGACUUUACUUACUCUUAGAGGAGUUUCAUUAAAAAAAAAAAAAAAAAAAAAGGAAAGAAAGAAAGGACAUUUAAUUAGACUCUCUUAGCCCUGGAAGCCAAGGUGCAUGGCCUGUCUUUAGUCUCUGAUUAAGUCUUGGGGAUAUAUGAAUGUAAUCAUUCCAACUUGCCCUGACCACCAAAUCCUUUUAGCAGGUCACUUUUUGAAGAUUAAGGAGACUGAAUCACUAAUAAGUUGUGAUUUCAAAUCCUUGGGAUUGGGGAGAUGAUUGGUAAAGAGUAAAAAUAAGGACUGGAGUUGUAGUGGUAGAGCACUUGCCUCGCAAGUGUGAGGCACUGGGUUCAAUCCUAGCACCACAUAAAAACAAAUAAAGGCAUUGACAACAAUCUAUACAACUAAAAUUUAAAAAAAAAAAAGAGUAAAAAUAAAGCCUUCAGAUAGAGAAUGCAGAAUGGAAACAGAUCUCCCU